AUGGUUGUUCAAGAAUGUGUUGCGGAGGUGUCUAGUCCCCACAAAACGCGGCAAUCCAAAAGUAUUGGUUUUAUGAACGUUUAUUAUUUCGCAGGCCGUUUCUCUUCUUGAUGCCCUCGACAAGGAGCUCAACAACUACGUCAUGUGCAUCCGAAAGUGGUACGGAUGGCAUUUCCCAGAACUCGGAAAGAUUGUCCAGGAUCAUGGAGCGUAUGCCAAGGUAACGCUGGUGCUGAGAUAAUACAAUCGAAACAAAAUUUGUUUUAGAUUGUGAAGACGAUUGGAAUACGUCAAAACGCAAUCAACGCCGACUUGUCUACUAUUCUUCCGGAAGAUCUGGAAGAGAAGGUCAAGGAGGAUGCUGAGAUCUCAAUGGGAACUGAUGUCUCGGAAAUCGAUCUCAUGUACAUCAAGGGUUUCUGUGAGUAGAUUAUCAAACUCUCACAAUAUCGGUAUGUUUCGAAAGUGAUUAAUGUGGUGAAUAUAAUUCAUUUUUAGCGCUCCACUUUUCGACUACCUCAAAAUCCGUAUUACUGCCCUCGCUUCGAAUCUCACAGUUCUCCUCGGAGAGCUCGUCGGCGCUCAUUUGAUCUCUCACGCUGGAUCCCUCGCCUCGUCGCGCUGGCCAAGGCUCCAGCUUCGACGCUUCAGAUCCUUGCAGCCGAAAAGGCACUUUUCCGUGCUCUCAUGACCAAGCGGAAUACACCGAAGUAUGGAUUGAUUUAUCGUGCUCAGCUUAUCACAGAAGCCCCGCCAAAGAUCAAGGGAAAGGUAAAGAUAACGUUUAGUAAUUUCAAUUUUCACAAAAUGAACUAUUCAGAUGGCUCGCAUGCUUGCUACCAAAUGCUCGGUGGUUGCCCGCAUUGACGGCGUCAACGCUCUGUCCGCCGAAACCAUUGACAAUGCAUUCGGAAUGAAGUGCCUUGCUUUCCUUGAGAACGUCCUCCAAACUGAGUCGGAACGCCAUCCGAGAAGCAGAGAAACGACAAGGACGAAUUGA